AUGGCCCCUAACCCAGUCAAGAUUAAACCCGGGAGGGACAUUGUCCAUGUCAAAGUCGGACUCGGUCUCCAAGAUUUCGGCAUUCACAAGAAUCUCCUUUGCGGCUACUCGCCAUUUUUCAAGACCGCAUUCACAUCUGGUUUUGAAGAAGCAAGGAGCGGUAUCAUGAAGCUUCCAGAAAAGGAUGCGAAGAUGUUCGAGCUGUUCUACAACUGGCUGUAUACACAGGAAUUGUGGGACCGGGACGCCAGGCGAGAAGAAUGGCCAGAGUUGGAGGGGCUGAUGAAGCUCUACAUUUUCGCAGAUACGGUAAAAGUCCCAGUUCUGAAAAACCAUAUCAUCGAUACCCUCCAAGCCAUCAGCAACGCUACUCGAAGACUGCCCGUAUCGGUUUUUCCUUAUGUAUGGAGCAACACAACGGCGACAGACCCCAUUCGGACUCUCAUGGUUGAUUGGCUGGUCUGGGAGUUCAACGAGAGAGAGUUUGAUGAGAACCCGGAAUACUUUCCCCCAGAACUACGACUUCAAGCUCUGAAGGCCAUGCGAAGAAUCAUUAGUACAUAUCAGCGAUUGAAAGAAAUCAAAGAUGAAAAUCUUCUCGUGGAUAUGCGAAAGUAUCACCAUAAAGAGGACAACGCUGCACAGUGAAGCUCGCCAAUGAUACACCAAUCUGUCGAGUAUCAGACAAUAGCCACAGACGACGACUUAGCUCUAGGAUCACAAGGAGUACUUUUAAAUUGGU